CCCAUAGGGAAUAGCAGGGAGAUACGGCUGCUUUUAGUCAUUUCAGAUAAACUUUUAAUUGAAGAAACUUGUUUAGCGUUGGAAUUUCAUGUGGUCAAGGACGCGCUUGCUGUGGCCUCGAUAACAGACCAUUUCUACAAUUGUGGCUGUCUCACAUCCUGUACCAGACUCCGCUGUCUCUCUUUUUAGUUUUGAGGAACUUGGUUGAGAAACACUGCCUAUUUUUCGACUGACGGACCCUCGUGCUUUGUUUGUGUCUCCUUUUCCCAAUCUGUUUUGUUUUACAUCAGUCUGGUCCAUGUAUAUGCUGUAAUGCGGACUUUCUAUCUACAGGUUCUAGAGUUGAAGACAAGAGCGUGAAUCUGACUCUUCUGCAGGAAUAAGACUUCAGUUCCCACAUCAAGCUCCCUUGCUGAACAUUGAGUGCUCCAGGAAUCAGGACGUUCCAUCUCCGACUGGUCUCCGCCAACAGUCUGCUUAACCGGAGCCAGCAGGAGCUGUAGACGUGACGUAACCGCGCCACUCCGCCAAUCACUGGGCCCAGCGGUGUCCCGACUCGGCCAGUGAUUGGCGAACUACAUUGGCAGUUGGGCCAUCUACAAGGCGCACUCAUAAUAAAGCAAUGCGGCUGUGGAAGAAGUGUUUGGCCUGGAAGAUGCCUGGAGACGCCUGACCAAAUAUGUCAGCCACGGCUGUCAAUGGCUCCGAUGUUUCACUCGAUGGGGAGUCCUUCCACUCCGUGGAUACAUUACUGUUGGAUUCUACCAGCUCAGUUAAGUUGCACAUAAAGGAGGAAAGGUCAGAAUCUCAGGGAAGUUACUCUGCACUCAACGAAAAUGAAACCCUGGGGACAGAUGGAGAAGGCUCCUCGCACAGCGCUGCAGAGGAGCCUGAGCGUAAACGGAAGAAGGGUCCUGCACCAAAGAUGCUGGGUAACGAAGUGUGCAGUGUGUGCGGAGACAAGGCCUCUGGCUUUCACUACAACGUGCUGAGCUGCGAGGGCUGUAAAGGCUUCUUCAGGCGCAGCGUCAUCAAAAAUGCCAAGUAUACCUGCAAGAACAAUGGCAAAUGCCAGAUGGACAUGUACAUGCGGCGCAAGUGCCAGGAGUGCCGGCUUCGAAAGUGCAGAGAGGCCGGCAUGCGGGAGCAGUGCGUUCUUUCUGAAGAGCAGAUCCGAAGCAAAAAGAUCAAGAAGCAGCAACAAGAGGAAGAUGUGGUUCGGUCCUCUGCGAUUUUAAUUCCACCCAGUCCUUGCGUGGUCACACAGGAUGUUGUACAGCUCACACCCCAGCAAGAAGAAAUGAUCCAGCAACUGGUCUCCGCACAGCAACAAUGCAACAAACGCUCCUUUAGCGAUCAGCCCAAAGUAACGCCAUGGCCUCUAGCCAAUGACCCCAACAGCAGGGAAGCCCGCCAACAACGCUUUGCUCACUUUACAGAGCUUGCCAUCAUCUCUGUGCAGGAGAUUGUGGAUUUUGCCAAACAAGUCCCUGGCUUUUUGGAGCUGUCUCGUGAGGAUCAGAUAGCUCUUCUUAAAGCAUCCACCAUCGAGAUCAUGUUGUUGGAGACUGCAAGGCGUUACAAUCAUGAAACUGAAUGUAUAACCUUUCUGAAAGACUUCACAUACAGCAAAGAUGACUUCCACCGAGCAGGGUUACAGGUGGAAUUUAUAAAUCCCAUCUUUGAGUUUUCACGUGGCAUGAGGCAGAUGCAACUGGACGAUGCAGAGUAUGCCCUCCUUAUAGCGAUAAACAUCUUCUCUGCUGACCGACCAAACGUGCAGAACCACCAGCUUGUGGAAACCCUCCAGUUACCAUACGUGGAAGCUCUGCAUUCCUACACCCGUAUCAAGCGACCUCAGGAUCACCUGAUGUUUCCUCGUAUGUUGAUGAAGUUGGUCAGCCUGCGGACCCUCAGCAGCGUGCACUCGGAACAGGUGUUUGCCCUUCGACUUCAGGAUAAAAAACUGCCGCCUCUGCUGUCUGAGAUUUGGGAUGUUCACGAGUAGAGGAUAAAGGACGGUGUGUACCCGAGAACCUCUAACCUCCAUAUUGUGCUAUGGACCGAAUGCCUGACCUGCGUUCGGAGACCCUUCUGACGUGACGCCGGGAGAUGAUGCCGGUGUUUUCAGCUAACCCGGACUGUCUUAAGGACAGACACUGGCGGGGACUUAUAAACAGCUUUACAAAGACUUCUUUAUAGCCGGCCCGAUCUGUAUAAAGGGUAUGUCUCCCUUUCUUGAGGCUUGUGUCCCACUUGUCUGGUUUGGAUUAGGUAAACCAUAGUUUGGUGAGAAACGGAGCUUCUUACCCCCCACCCCCUGGGAUGAUGACUUUUAUAAAGUAACUCCCCUGCAAGGCUCUAUAGAACUUUUUCACAGUCGUGACAAUGACUUCAGAGCAAGUCGUGCUAGAUGUAAAUGUACAGAGAUACUUUAGUAUAGUCUAGUGAAGCAGUGACUGAGCCACUGGACUUCGCAUUAAUCCUGCUGUUGUGGAACCUAUCAAAAGAAAUAGUAUUUUCUUAUACGGAGGCGGUUUUAUGUUGUGCUGUAAGGUCCGCUACCUCCCUAGUGCUGUCAGUGUAGUGAAUCAGAUAUCGCUAUUAGAGAUGAGCCAACUUACAGUAAAUUCGAUUCGUCACGAACUUCUCGGCUCGGCAGUUGAUGACUUAU